CGCCGGGGUGGCGGCAUGGCGGGCUGGGGGCGGCUGGUCCGGCUCGGCGGGCGCCUCUGGGCGGCGGCGGCGGCUCCCGCUCCCGGACACAGGGGUCAGCUGGGCUUUGUAGUCAGACACAUCAACAGUUCAACGUGGUGGCACGAGCAUCUUUCUGAGGAGAAUGUGGAGUUCCUCAAGAAGAUAACUGCAGAGGAGUACAAAGCUCAGACAGCCAGCAAGCUGUGCCCUCUGAAAGAUGAGCCAUGGCCACUGAAUAAGUGGACACCAGAUUCCAUCAGAGUUGGUGUUGUUGCAGUAAAACUGGGAAUGAUGCCAAUAUGGACCAAAUCAGGAGAAAAACACGCUGUCACACUACUUAAGGUCCAGGAUUGCCAUGUUUUAAGAUAUGUUUCAAAGGAAGAGUCCGGUGGAAAAACAGCUAAGCUGCUUGUUGGAGGCAAAAACGUAUCUCCUUUUUCUAAACCAGAGUCUGCACAUGAAAUUUUUAGAGAAGCUGGAGUGCCGCGGAAGCAGAAAGUUACAACAUUUAAUGUAACAGAUGAUGCCAUAAUUAAGCCAGGUACUCCUUUGUAUGCUGCUCACUUCCGCCCCGGGCAGUUUGUGGAUGUCACUGCAAAAACAAUUGGUAAAGGAUUUCAAGGUGUCAUGAAAAGGUGGGGAUUUAAAGGUCAGCCUGCAAGCCAUGGCCAGACAAAAACUCACAGACGACCUGGAGCAAUAUCUACCAAUCAAGCUGCCAAAGUUUAUCGUGGAAAGAAAAUGCCUGGUAAAAUGGGUAACAUCUACAGGACAUCUUUUGGAUUAAAGGUGUGGAGGAUCAAUACAAAACAUGACAUUAUUUAUGUAAAUGGGUCUGUUCCAGGUCACACCAAUUGCCUGGUGAAGGUCAGAGAUAGCAAAUUGCCUACUUACAAGGACUGCAAUAAAAACCCUCCAUUCCCUACAUUUUUUGCUGAUGGAGAUGAAGAACUGCCAGAAGACCUUUUUGAUGAGGAGAUUUUCCAGUUCACAGAUCCAUCUGUCACAUUCGCAUAAUGUUCCUCGCAUCUUUGAAAACAUAGUUUUGUUAUUUUCAUGUACAUUGCAAGGCUGUAUAAAAGUAAGCCUAUGAACUGCAGUCUGGCCAACUGACUUAAACACUUCAGGUAUUGCCAUUUUGGUCAGGUAAUCACAUUUCCCACUGUCAGUCUCAAACCUGUACUUAAAGCAACAGGUUGGUCUGAGGGACAGGUUGUAAAGCACACCAAACUGUCUUCAGUGACCUUUUGUGCUCUGUCCCAGGCUGUGGAAACCUACACAAUCCUGAAAAACUGUUGUUUUGAAGAUGGUUCCAGUUCAUUUUCUGAAUGUGAACAAAUUCUGCUUCUCUUUUAUGUAAAGUGUACUGGGCAACUCUGAUCAAAUCAGAAAAAGGUUCCAAAUCUGCCUUGGCAUCUGAGGUGGGGAGGAUCCAUGAAGAAUUAUCCAAAAUAAAACAAGAAAAUGCCUGAGCAUUGUUUUGCAGAA